GAUUGUUGUGUAUGAUAUCUAUACUAACCAAGUUGUGUGUGGAUAGUUUAUUAACGAACAGUAUCUUAUAUUCUUUGACAGAAAAAUAUAUAAAUAAUUAGUUGAGUAUAUCUUUCCCUAUGCAACAAAACCAAGCAAUAUGUUGACGACCAAAAUAUUCUUUAGAAAAACUAAAGGGGGAAAUGUGUUUAAGACGGUUAGGGAGCAUUACCUUAGAGAUGAUAUUCACUGUGGAUCUAAAGCUUGUGGAAAGUGCUUGUACAGAACUCGGAACAUAAUUUUAGAUGACGAGAAUUGCAGUGCAAACAGUUCUAAGAUAACUAAACCUUAUUACCUAUUAAUUGAUACUAAUAUUAUUUUAGAUCAGAUUGACAUUUUGGAAGAAGAUAUUAUUUGCAAUGUUAUAAUUGUGCAAACAGUGUUAGAAGAAGUAAAACAUAAAAGUUCCACCGUAUAUAAAAGAUUAAGGAAUAUUAUCACCAAUCCACAAAGGAAAUUUUAUGUAUUUAUUAAUGAACAUCAUAAAGAUACUUAUAUCGAGCGUGACCUUGGUGAAAGUACAAAUGACAGAAAUGAUAGGGCAAUUAGGGUUGCAACAAAAUGGUAUAAUGCACAUUUAAAUUUAGAUGGCAAUACAAUCAAAACUGUGCUAUUAACAGAUGAUACACACAACAGAGAAUUAGCAGAAAAAGAAGGAAUCCCAGUUAUUUCGAUGGAAGGUUAUAUAUUAUCGUUAGAAAAUUCAGGCUUUUUGGCUGAUAAAUUAUGUAAAAAGAGUUAUGGCACAGUAAUUGAGGGCCCAGAAAUUUUCCCAUGUCAUCUUACACCAUUUGAAUUACAUGAAGGCAUAAAACAUGGGAAACUUCUGCAGGGAACCUUUCAAGCUUCAAAAGAAAAUUUUCUUGAAGGAUUCAUGAAUGUAGAUGGAGUUGAAAAAUCUAUUUUUAUCCAAGGUCGUAGUAACCUUAAUAGAGCUGUUGAUGGCGAUGCAGUUGUAGUGGAACUCUUGCCAGAGGAUCAGUGGUCAUCUCCUAGUGACAUUGUUCUGCAAGAUGAAGAAGAAGCAGAUGCUGAUGAUGAUAUUUUAAAAACAACUAAAGUAUCAGAUAAAUUUGGUUCAUCAAACAAGAUGCAAAAGACACCGACUGGCAAAGUUGUUGGAAUUAUUAGAAGAAAUUGGAGACAAUAUUGUGGAAUAUUGCAACCCAGUAAUAUAGAAGGGAAUGUACGACAUUUAUUUGUGCCAGCUGAACGAAAAAUACCUAAAAUAAGAAUCGAAACUAGACAAUAUACAGUGCUGUGUAAACAGAGAAUCAUCGUAGCAAUUGAUUCAUGGCCACGUAAUUCUAGAUAUCCUCUUGGUCAUUUUGUACGCGCGUUAGGUGAAAUAGGGAACAAAACCACCGAAAAUGAAGUGAUAUUGUUAGAACACGAUAUCCCUCAUAGUCGAUUUUCGGACGCUGUCCUCAGCUCAUUACCAGACACCUCAUGGAGUGUCACGGACGUCGACAUAGCACAAAGGGAAGAUCUAAGAUAUUUAGAUAUAUGUUCAGUCGACCCACCAGGUUGCACAGAUAUCGAUGAUGCGCUUCACUGUAGAGAUCUACCAAAUGGUAAUCUAGAAGUAGGUGUACAUAUUGCGGAUGUAACACAUUUUGUAAGGCCUGGUACUGCGUUAGAUAAAGAAGCAGCAUUACGAUCUACGACUGUAUAUUUGGUUGACACGAGAAUUGACAUGAUUCCUGAGUUACUCAGUUCAAAUCUCUGCUCUUUACGAGAAAAAGAAGACAAAUUAACGUUUUCUUGCAUAUGGGAAAUGGAUAGAGACGCAAAUAUAAUUAAUACUAGAUAUUGUAAGUCCAUAAUAUGUUCACGAGCAGCGAUGACUUACGAUGAAGCUCAACUAAAAAUUGACGAUGUUACUCAACAAGAUACACUUGUAAAGUCAUUAAGGAAUCUUAAUAAUUUGGCUAAAAAGUUAAAAAAGAGACGUCUGGAUAAUGGAGCGUUAUUAUUAGCAUCUCCAGAAGUCCGUUUUGAAGUAGACUGUGAAACGCAUGAUCCUAUCGAAGUGGAGGCAAAAAAAUUGCGAGAAACUAAUUCUAUGGUGGAAGAAUUUAUGUUGCUCGCAAAUAUUUCGGUUGCUAAAAAGAUUUUAGAAGAAUUCCCAGAAUGCGCUGUAUUAAGAAGACAUCCUGAACCACCACCUACUAAUUUCGAGCCUCUUAUAAAGGCCGCAAAGAAUCAGGGUUUUACUAUAAAUGUAGGUAGUGGCAAAGAAUUAGCAGAUUCGUUAAAUAAAUGUCAUAAAGAAGGUAAUCCUUACUUUAAUACUAUGUUAAGGAUACUUGCCACACGCUGUAUGAUGCAAGCUGUAUAUUUUGUUAGUGGCAUGCAUCAACCAAGUGAAUACUAUCAUUAUGGUUUAGCAUGUCCUGUCUAUACUCAUUUUACAUCGCCUAUUCGAAGAUACGCAGAUGUGAUGGUACAUCGUUUAUUAUCAGUUUGCAUUGGAGCUGAUGCAACAUAUCCCGAUUUGUUAGACAAAAAGAAGAAUCACGCACUUUGUCAAAAUAUGAACUAUCGUCAUAGAAUGGCUCAAUAUUCUAAUCGAGCAUCAGUAGCACUAAAUACUCAUUUAUUCUUUAGAGAAAAAAUUCAAGACGAAGAAGGUUAUAUACUUUUUGUACGAAAGAAUGCGUUGCAAAUAUUGAUAUUAAAGUAUGGCUUAGAGGGAACUUUGUACCUGAACAAAGACAAAAAUUCAGGUGUUAUAUUUAUGUAUAAUGACGAAGAUCAUUCACAAUCCUGUGGAAAUAUCGUAUUUCGCACUUUCGAUCCGGUUAUUGUGCAAAUAAGUUUAAACAGAUCCAAUAUACAGCAUGAGAAACUAAUAUUUAAGUUGGUUAAGCCGUUCAUUCCAGGUUUCAGUGUACCUCCAGCAAAUGCUGCAGAUUCUUGUAAGAUGGUACUGAAAGAAAGUACGAAAGAAACGGCAAAAAGAAAGAUAGGAGCAGAAAAAGUAUCAGAUAGUAAUACCAAAAGUGGAGGAAGUAAGAAAAAACAGAAGAAAAGGAAACACUAGCUCUAUUGUAUAGUUUUUCCCUCUAGAAUUAAAGAUAUACAGACUAAUCAUCAAAUGUGAUGAGAUAUACAUACAACAAUAGUUAUAUUUACAAUUUUAUCAUAAAUAAGUAUAU